ACGGAUUGACGGCUGCAGCAGUCGUCAUGGCAACACUUAUGUAAGCAUCGUCUGCAAUUAGAUAAAUUUGAAGUUGAUUGCUUGAUUUUAGGUUCUCGUUCUCGUUAUCACGUGUCAAGGUGAAUGAGUUUGAGGACACCAACAGUUUUCCAUGUUAUAUCUUCUUUCAGGGUUACUGGGAAACGAAGUAAAUCAAGCCUAAAAGCGACCAAACCCUUCUUAGCAAAGUCCACUGUCACUAAUCAGUUACGUCAACCAUCAAGGAAUAUUUGUAACAUCAAAAUCAUGGACAACCUCAUUUCCUUAAUUCCCAACUUAAAAUUAAGCCAUGUCCAUGUUAAGGAUUGGCAAAAUGUUGGGGACAAAAUUAACAAACUGAUAGCUGGAACCCAUGAUAAAUUGCAAGUAAUUGCUGAUUUUGACUUCACUUUGACCAAAUUCCAUGUAGAUGGAGUAAGGAAGUUAUCUUGUCAUGGUGUUGUUGAAAAUUACUCAAAACUGCCUGACCAUUACAAACUUAAAAGCAAAGAAAUGUUUAACAAGUACUACCCAAUUGAAAUAGACCAACAUAUGUCAGUGGAAGAGAAGAUUCCUCUAAUGAUUGAAUGGUAUGAUGGUGCUCAUGAACUGCUGGAGCAUAGCAAUUUGUAUAAACAUGAUUUUGCUUUAAUGGUCAAAGAAAAUCCAAUAGAGUUCAGGGAUGGAACAUUGCAGUUUAUGAAAGACUUGAAGGCAGCAAACAUUCCUAUUCUAGUGUUUUCAGCUGGUGUAGGAGAUGUCAUUGAUGAAGCUUUACUUGCCAACAAUCUCACACAGGAUAAUGUGAAAGUGAUUUCAAACUACAUGACCUAUAAUACUGAAGGGAAAUUAGUUGCAUUCACUGACAAAUUGAUUCAUAUGUACAACAAAAAUGAGACAUCAAUUCCCCAUUCGUCCACCUACUUCCAAGAUUUAUCACAUCGCCAUAAUGUGAUAUUACUGGGUGACUCGCUUGGCGACCUUCAAAUGUCAAAAGGUGUCGAACCGCCAAGCACCGUUCUAACCAUCGGAUUUCUCAACGAUAAGAUUGAAGAACGUUUGGAGAAGUACAAGGGAGAGUUUGACAUCGUUUUAGUCGAUGACCAAUCCAUGGACAUCCCAGAUGCGAUUCUUAAAUCUGUACUAGCUAACGAAUCUUAAGAAAACUAGAUCUUGUUUCAACUACAUGUAAUGUAAUAAUAAAUAUACAAGUGCAAAAGGUUUA